GGGAAGCAGCCAUUGUCAACCCACAACAAGCAAGAAAGAGGAACAGGACAGUCGUGCUGCAAGACAACAGAGGAAAUUAUGAUUUGGUGAAAAAUCAUGGCAGGCUUAGUGUUAUAGAUAUAACUGUCCGUCGCGAAUACUUUAUAUUUUGUGCACCUUAUCGCGGGGACCCAGCUCGGCAGCGAAUAAGCAGUAUUUGAUUUCUACUCCCCUGAUGUCUGCCGAGGCAUCUGGUUCAUCUGGCGGGAAUGUGGUGACUGUGUCCGGUUCUGCUGCAUCAUCCUCCAGCCAUGUUGGGGAAGAAAAGGCCGGCAGGAGCCUGGCGGGGAGUAAGUAUGUGAAGCUCAACGUGGGGGGAACUCUCCACUACACCACGGUCCAGACGCUCAGCAAGGAGGACAGUCUGCUCAGGAGUAUUUGUGACGGAAACACAGAGGUCACCAUAGACUCAGAGGGCUGGGUGGUACUGGACAGAUGUGGGAGACACUUUUCCCUGGUGCUGAACUUCCUGCGGGACGGGACGGUUCCUUUGCCGGAGAGCACACGGGAGCUAGAGGAGGUGUUGAAGGAGGCGCAGUACUACAGGCUGCAGGGUCUUGUGCAGCACUGCCUCACCACAUUACAGAAACGCAGGGAUGUCUGCAGGGGAUGUCACAUUCCUAUGAUCACUUCAGCCAAAGAGGAACAGAGGAUGAUAGCCACCUGUAGGAAGCCAGUGGUGAAACUGCAGAAUAACAGAGGGAACAAUAAAUACUCCUAUACCAGCAACUCUGAUGAUAACCUUCUGAAGAACAUUGAGCUGUUCGAUAAGCUGGGGCUGCGCUUUAAUGGCAGAGUGCUGUUCAUUAAAGACGUGUUGGGAGAUGAGAUAUGCUGCUGGUCUUUUUACGGCGAGGGACGCAAGAUUGCCGAAGUCUGCUGCACCUCUAUUGUUUAUGCCACUGAGAAGAAACAGACCAAAGUUGAGUUCCCAGAAGCUCGAAUCUUUGAGGAGACACUCAACAUUUUGAUCUAUGAAAAUGGGCGAGGUUCGGGAGGCAUGGCCCUGCUGGAGUCAGGGGGCGUCUCGUCGCCAGGUGUGGGCCAGUCAGAGGAGGAAGGGGCAGGUGUGGGAGGCGGGGAUUACAAAGACUGA